AUGUACUCUUUUGACUCGAAGAUCCGGCCUCAAUGGCUGCUGUACGGCUCUUUCAUCUGGAUAUCCGGGUCCUCAGCCGCCCCCUUCUCCUCUGAUCAGGUCGUGCUCACAGCCCAAGAUGGUGCUGGGGCCGUAGCGAGCGAGAACAUGGAGUGUAGCAGGAUCGGACGCGAUCUCCUCCGCCUGGGUGGCAACGCUAUAGACGCCAUGGUUGGCACUCAACUCUGCGUCGGCGUCACCUCCAUGUACCACUCUGGCAUUGGAGGCGGUGGUUUCGCUCUUGUCAGAACGGCGGAUGGAGAAUACGAAACCAUCGACUUUAGGGAAACGGCGCCGGCCGCGGCGACCCAAGACAUGUACAACGAUGAUGUACAUGCGAGCAUCGAGGGUGGCCUGGCCGUCGGAGUCCCUAGCGAGCUGCGAGGGCUGGAGUACAUGCAUGAGAAAUGGGGUGAUCUCGCCUGGGAGUCUGUCGUGAUGCCUGCUUCCCACCUAGCUAGGGAAGGCUUUUCUGUAACAGCUGACAUGGUUCGAUACAUGGUGGCAGGGAUGAAAGACGCGGGGAGAGACUUCCUCAUUGAUGAACCAAGCUGGGCUGAGGUCUUUGCACCGAACGGAACGCUCCUCGGUGAAGGCGACACCAUGUACAGAACACGACUUGCCGAUACUCUCACCACAGUAGCCAAGAAGGGCGCAUCGGCAUUUUACACAGGCGACCUCGCCGCCUCGUUCGUCAAGACAGUCCGCGACGCAGACGGCAUCAUGACCCUAGAAGACCUCACCGCAUACCGCGCCGAGAUCCGCGAGCCCCUGUCGACGACGUUCCGCAACCACACCCUCUACACAACCGGCGCCCCCGCCAGCGGCGCCAUAACGCUCAACAUGCUCAAGACGAUGGAGCAGUACCCCCUGCCGCCGACGCCCGCCACGAACCUCACAAUGCACCGCUACAACGAAGCCAUGCGCUUCGCCUACGGCGCGCGCUCCCUCCUCGGCGACCCGGACUUCGCCUCCCUCCUCGACAACGCGACAGCCGCCCACACGCGCGCCCGCAUCCUCGACAACGAGACGCAGCCCGUGGGCCGCUACGCGCCGCACGCCCUCUUCGUCCCCGACACGCACGGCACCUCGCACGUCGUCACGGCCGACAGCGCCGGCCGCGCCGUCUCCCUGACGUCGACGGUGAACCUCCUCUUCGGCGCCCUGCUCGUCGACCCGCGCACGGGCGUCGUCCUCAACAACGAGAUGAACGACUUCUCCAUUCCCGGCGUCCGCAACGCCUUUGGCUUCGAGCCGAGCCCCGCCAACUUUAUCCGUCCCGGCAAGAGGUCCCUGUCGUCCAUCACGCCCGUCAUCGUCGAGGCGCCGGACGGUGCGCUGCGUGCCGUUGUCGGCGCCGCCGGCGGGUCGAGGAUCGCCGUCGCGGAGCCGAGGCUGCACGACCAGCUCAUGCCGAAUGAGGUGUGGCUGGAGUACACCUUCAACAACGAGACGGCGGCGAGCCUCGCGGAGAAGGGACACCGGGUUAAAUGGGUCCGCGAGGGGCUCAGUGCUGUCCAGGGCAUCACGGUGCUGGGAAGCGGCAAGUUUGAGGCGGCGAGCGAGCCGCGGCAGAAGAACAGCGGCGGAUUGACUGCAUGA